AUGCUAGUAAAAUUUUUAAAAUUUACAACAAGUAAAAAUUUAAUCGAUUUAAGGCCGUACCAGAAUACCUAUUGGAGGAUUCGAAAAUUAAGAGUGCAGAAUAACAGUAAAAUUACUUAAUUAUCUCUAAACUGAUAUUGAUUCAAGAUACCCUCAAGGUCAUACAUGGUAUAAUUCAUAUUUAAUAAAUAGCACACAUACAAUUGAUAUGCCUCCUUAUUCAAAUCAACAAAUUUUAUAGAAAAGAUUAGAAGAAGCUUUAUUAUUUUAAGGUGAAACAUUUGAUCUAGUAUGA